GUUUCUUUUGUUUAUAUUUUCGGCUUCAAAACGGCGGGUACAGUUUUAAAAGUUGUUGGCGCAUCAUGGCAAAAGACCCGCAUUGGGACGUACAUUCUAAUCGGUGCUGGUUUGCUAGUGAUUGGUGCCUUCUUCAUUAGUUACAUCGAACGUCCAGAAUAUGAUGGUACCUAUUGUGCUACGGCAUUUUGGACAAAAAAAGUUGGCUUCCAAAUCGAGUAUUGGAAGCAACAAAAUGAUCUUCUUAACAUUCCAAAAGGUGCUGCUAGAAUAUGUUAUAAGGAUUCGAUAUAUGAGAAUGGUUGGGCCCAAAUCGAAAUAGAAACACAACGCACAUUUCCUGAUUGGGUACAGGCCUAUGGUGCCGGUAUUAUAGAAGGAUCCCUAACCUGGAAACAGGUUUAUCAUCAAUGGUUAAACACCAUCCAAUCAUCCUGUGAACGUGACGAAGAAGCCCAAAAUUUUUGCACCUGGCUGCGAGAUCUCUUAACGGAGAAUUAUGUGAAAAUUAAGGAGAAUGCCGUCUUAAGACAAGAAAACGAUCAUUAUUGGCAUCAAAUUAGUUUGUAUUUCAAUCAAUUGGAAGGUCUGGAAACUGGCUAUAGACAAGGAGCGAAGAGAGCACGUUCUGAUCUGGAAGAAGAAAUACCAUUUCCUGACUUUCUACUAAUGAAUUCGGCAGCCGAUAUACAAGAUUUAAGAAUCUACUAUGAGAAUUACGUUGUAACAGGGCUAAAUCGUACUGAAGAGGGUGAUGCAACUGGGGCGGAAAUGGCAGAUAAAAACUUUAACUUACCCAGUGCCACUAUGCUGACGAAAAUCUUUCAGGCCGAUGAUUCACCCACCUGGCAGUUGUUAUUUGGUCAUAGCACAGCAGGCAGUUAUGCCUCUAUGUUGAGAAUACAAAAACGCUAUAAAUUCCAUUAUCAUUUCGGUCCCAACCAAAGAACUAAUACAGUGCCGGGAGUGGAUAUUACCUUUACCGGUUAUCCGGGUAUUUUGGCCUCCACAGAUGAUUUCUAUGUGGUAAAGGGUAGACAAGUUCAAUCCAUAGUGGCUGGUGUGGGCAUUAAAAAUAACAAUUUAGCUUUGUGGAAAACGGUGAAUGUUAAUGAAGCCAUGCCCUUGGCGGCACGAGUUAUGGCCGCCAAUCGUAUAGCACAAAAUCGUAAAACCUGGUCUAAGGCCAUGUCACGACAUCCUUUCACCGGUUCGAAACAAUGGAUUACUGUGGAUUUAAAUAAACUAGGACCUUUAGAUAAUUUAUAUAGAGCGUUGGAAGAGGACGAAAAAUUAGAUGAUAAACCAGUAAACUUAAAUCCCAAUGAUGAGGCAGCCAUUACUGAACGUUUAAAUCGUUUUAAGGGUCUAGUAUGGAUUGCCGAACAAUUACCGGGACGUUUGCAUAUGAAAGAUGUUACCGAACAAUUCUUAAGUGACAAUAACACCGCCUGGUUAGCUAAUGGUACUCCCUAUUUUGAGGAGAUUUUAGAAGCUAGUCAAGUAGAAAGUGGUUCCUAUCCUGUAAAUCUUACACCUACGGAUAAUGAGGAGCUGACAAACUUAGAGGCUGUAGACAAAUUUUUAAGAACUCAUGGUUUUCGAGGAGAUCUUUUGGGUGAGGAUUCUUCGGUGGCUUAUGGUAACAUUGAUAUCAAACUAUUUGCCUAUAAUGCACGCUUGGGUGUCAGCGAUUAUCAUGCCUUCGCUGGUCCCGUCUUUAUGCGUCUGCAGCAUAUGCAAGUAAGAUCAAUACCCGAGGAAACAUCACAAUCUGAGGGCACUAUUAAUUCCUCCAUAUUGGAUGAUCGUCUUAGUGUCACCAUAGACGAUGCUGCCGAAUUGGCUGAAUUAGAAAUGAUUACAGAACGAAGACCUGUAAGAAAUGAUAUGAAAGCCUUUGCUAUGCGUCAGUCGGGCAUAGGACCGUUUAAAUGGUCUUCAGCUCAAAGUAAUAUGGCAGAUAUAGAACAUGCUGGCCACCCAGAUGAAUGGAAUUUUGGCAAAGUUUCACCCAAAUGGGCGUGGUAGCAAAUUAGUUUUUAUUAUUAUACAAUUAGUGCUCAAUCAUUUCCAAUAAUACACCAUCACAAUC